CUGCCCCCUCCCCGCCCAGCAGCGGUCGCUCGGGCCCCGGCUCUCGGUUAUAAGAUGGCGGCGCUGAGCGGCGACGGCGGCGCGGAGCAGGGCCAGGCUCUGUUCAACGGGGACAUGGAGCCCGAGGCCGGCGCGGGCGCCGCGGCCUCUUCCGCGGCGGACCCCGCCAUCCCCGAGGAGGUGUGGAAUAUCAAACAAAUGAUUAAGUUGACACAGGAACAUAUAGAGGCGCUAUUGGACAAAUUUGGUGGAGAGCAUAAUCCACCAUCAAUAUAUCUGGAGGCCUAUGAAGAAUACACCAGCAAGCUAGAUGCCCUCCAACAAAGAGAACAACAGUUAUUGGAAUCCCUGGGGAAUGGAACUGAUUUUUCUGUUUCUAGCUCUGCAUCAACGGACACCGUUACAUCUUCUUCCUCCUCUAGCCUUUCAGUGCUACCUUCAUCUCUUUCAGUUUUUCAAAAUCCCACAGAUGUGUCACGGAGCAACCCUAAGUCACCACAAAAACCUAUUGUUAGAGUCUUCCUGCCCAACAAACAGAGGACAGUGGUACCUGCAAGGUGUGGAGUUACAGUCCGGGACAGUCUAAAGAAAGCACUGAUGAUGAGAGGUCUAAUCCCAGAGUGCUGUGCUGUUUACAGAAUUCAGGAUGGAGAGAAGAAGCCGAUUGGCUGGGACACUGAUAUUUCCUGGCUUACUGGAGAGGAAUUGCAUGUAGAAGUAUUGGAGAAUGUUCCACUUACAACACACAACUUUGUACGGAAAACGUUUUUCACCUUAGCAUUUUGUGACUUUUGUCGAAAGCUGCUUUUCCAGGGUUUCCGCUGUCAAACAUGUGGUUAUAAAUUUCACCAGCGUUGCAGUACAGAGGUUCCACUGAUGUGUGUUAAUUAUGACCAACUUGAUUUGCUGUUCGUCUCCAAGAUUUUUGAACACCACCCAAUACCACAGGAGGAGGCCUCCUUAGCAGAAACUUCCCUUGCGUCUGGAUCAUCCCCUUCCGCACCCCCCUCUGAUUCUAUUGGGCCCCAAAUCCUCACCACUCCGUCUCCUUCAAAAUCCAUUCCAAUUCCACAGCCUUUCCGACCAGCAGAUGAAGAUCAUCGAAAUCAGUUUGGACAGCGUGACCGAUCCUCAUCAGCUCCAAAUGUGCAUAUAAACACAAUAGAACCUGUCAAUAUUGAUGACUUGAUUAGAGACCAAGGGUUUCGUAGUGAUGGAGCCCCUUUGAACCAGUUGAUGCGCUGUCUUCGGAAAUACCAAUCCCGGACUCCCAGUCCCCUCCUACAUUCUGUCCCCAGUGAAAUAGUGUUUGAUUUUGAGCCUGGCCCAGUGUUCAGAGGAUCAACUACAGGUUUAUCUGCCACACCCCCUGCCUCAUUACCUGGCUCACUCACUAACGUGAAAGCGUUACAGAAAUCUCCAGGACCUCAGAGGGAAAGAAAAUCAUCUUCAUCCUCAGAAGACAGGAAUCGAAUGAAAACACUUGGUAGACGGGAUUCAAGUGACGAUUGGGAGAUUCCUGAUGGGCAGAUCACAGUGGGACAAAGAAUUGGAUCCGGGUCAUUUGGGACAGUCUACAAGGGGAAGUGGCACGGUGAUGUGGCAGUGAAAAUGUUGAAUGUGACAGCACCCACACCUCAGCAGUUACAGGCCUUCAAAAAUGAAGUAGGAGUACUCAGGAAAACUCGACAUGUGAAUAUUCUACUCUUCAUGGGCUAUUCAACAAAGCCACAACUGGCUAUUGUUACCCAGUGGUGUGAGGGCUCCAGCUUAUAUCACCAUCUCCACAUCAUUGAGACCAAAUUUGAGAUGAUCAAACUUAUAGAUAUUGCACGACAGACUGCACAGGGCAUGGAUUACUUACACGCCAAGUCAAUCAUCCACAGAGACCUCAAGAGUAAUAAUAUUUUUCUUCAUGAAGACCUCACAGUAAAAAUAGGUGACUUUGGUCUAGCCACAGUGAAAUCUCGAUGGAGUGGGUCCCAUCAGUUUGAACAGUUGUCUGGAUCCAUAUUGUGGAUGGCUCCAGAAGUAAUCAGAAUGCAAGAUAAAAACCCUUAUAGCUUUCAGUCAGAUGUGUAUGCAUUUGGGAUUGUUCUGUAUGAAUUGAUGACUGGACAGUUACCUUAUUCAAACAUCAACAACAGGGACCAGAUAAUUUUUAUGGUGGGACGAGGAUAUCUAUCUCCAGAUCUCAGUAAGGUACGAAGUAACUGUCCAAAAGCCAUGAAGAGAUUAAUGGCAGAGUGCCUAAAAAAGAAAAGAGAUGAGAGACCACUCUUUCCCCAAAUUCUCGCCUCUAUUGAGCUGCUGGCCCGCUCAUUGCCAAAAAUUCACCGCAGUGCAUCGGAACCCUCCUUGAAUCGGGCUGGCUUCCAGACGGAGGAUUUCAGUCUCUAUGCUUGUGCUUCUCCAAAAACACCCAUCCAGGCAGGGGGAUAUGGAGAAUUUGCAGCCUUCAAGUAGCCACACCAUCAUGGCAGCAUCUACUCUUAUUUCUUAAGUCUUGUGUUCGUACAGUUUGUUAACAUCAAAACAUAGUUCUGUUCCUCAGAUCUUUUUUUAAAGAUACAAAAUUUUCAAUGCAUACGCUGGUGUGGAACAGAAUGGAAUUUUCCAUCCAAGAAAAGAGGGAAGAAUGUUUUAGGAACCAGAAUUCUCUGCUGCCAGUGUACCUUCUUCAACACAAACACCACGUGUAUACAAGUCUGCCCACUCCCAGGAAGAAAGAGGAGAGACCCUGAGUUCUGACCUUUUGAUGGUCAGGCAUGAUGGAAAGAAACUGCUGCUACAGCUUGGGAGAUUUGCUAUGGAAGGUCUGCCGGUCAACUGUGCCCUUCUAACCACCAGAUCAAUGAGUGGCUGAUCAUCUGAUGGGGCAGUUGCAUUCACCAAGCAUCGUUCUCUUUCCUGUUCUGGGACUCUGUUGUGGAGCUCUUUCCCCUAGCCACCACCGGUUAAUUUCUGAGGGAGGGAACAAAAAUGCAGCAUGCCCCUCCGUGGUUCACGUUCAGUCCUUGUCAGGUUUUUAUCAGAAUGAAGCGAUUUUAUCUAAACGGAAGAUGAGAGGGGAGACGGAGCUACGUUUUGGUGCAGAGGAAAAGGGAAUGCUGCAUCUUUUUCCUGACCUCCUGGAUUUCUGGCCUUUGUUUCCUUGCUCCCUGAGGGUGUCUGCCUAACCACGCAGGCUGGAGAGCGCUGGCACACGCUGCCGUCUUUGCUCAUUGGGUCCAGCAAUGAAGAGAAGUGUUUGGGAUUUUUUUUUUUCCCUCCACAAUAUAGCAAGUUCUCAGGAAAAUCUUCCUCCUAAGCUCUUCCAGUCACCAAGUACUUAUGUGGCUACUUUGUCCAAGGCACAAAAAUGCCAUGGUGGUAUCUAAUUAAAAGCCUACAAAACUGCUUGAUAACAGUUUUGAAUGUGAGACAUUUAUGUAAUUUAAAUGUAAGGUACAAGUUUU